AUGAGUUACUUAAAUCAGGAUAAUAAUUUGCAUCAACGAGAAAAUGGCAGCCGCACGCAGCUCUUCGAUACCAAAUUUGAUGAUAAAUCCAGCAGGCCAAGCUCCCCAUACGAUAAAGGCGGUAAUUUAGACUACUCGCAAUCGACGCUAUCAAAUCUGGAGAAUCAAAAUGAACGUCAUGUCAGCGCGAUGAGCGAGAGAAUAAACGCCCUUAAAUCUCUGUCGCUUAAAAUGGGUGACGAAAUAAGAGGCAGUAACGAUACUGUGGAAAAAUUAGGGGAGGUAUUUGAAGGUACCAGCAAUCGUCUAAAAGCUACUUACCGCGACAUGAUGAAGAUGGCAAAGAAGUCGGGAGUACCACUAAAAACAUGGCUAUUGAUAUUUUUCAUCGUAUUUUUAUUCUUUAUGUGGAUAUGGAUAUUUUGA